CCCCGGUAUUCACGACGGGCAGGUAUCAUCUUCUAACUUUUAGAUGAAGAUAUUAGACCCAAUGGACCCCCGCGGCAAGACGCCAAACCCUGCGCCCAAGCGCUCUCGAAUGUUGAUCAGCAGGGCUCGGACUGGUUGCCUUACUUGCAAGACAAGGAGAGUCAAAUGUGACGAGCAAAAGCCGGUCUGCAAGCGAUGCAUUGCGGCGAAACGCCAUUGCGCUGGCUACCAGAAGCCCCCGAGUAAUCCGCCUAAGCCAUUCCGCAUAACGUACUAUGUACGGGACCUCCCGUCCUCCAUCAGGGCUUUGCACCGCCCAUUAGAAGAUCCUCAAGAUCAGCGUGCGCUCGAUUACUUUUUCUUAUGGGGCAAUGCCUACUUUCCUAGCGAUUUAAUGGAGCCCUUGAGCCGUGAUGACAUCCUUUACGAGCCUGCCUUGAGGCAUGCAAUGAUCGCCAUGGGUAGGUUACACGAGAUAUAUCGCAAUGGUGAGGUUGGCGCUUCCAAAAAGGUGCUAAGCGUGUUCGCAAUGCAGCACUAUGGUGAAGCAAUACGUCGGCUUGUUCUGCGUGAUCCAGACACCGCUAGUGAUCCAAGCCCUGUCUUCCUGGUAGCCUGUUUUCUGUUUGUUUGCCUCGAGUCCUCCCAAGGACACGUGGAGGCCGCACUACGUCACCUGCGAUCCGGCUUCAUGUUAUUCCAAGAGGCAAGACGGUCUGGAAAGCUGCUGAUAGACUGCGAGCCCAUUCUCCGCUGGCUCUUCACUCGACUGAUGUGCCAAUUGACGCAUUUUGACCCCAGUGAUUGCGCACGGUUUUUCGGGCUAAAUGGAAGUCAGUCAAAGCCCCAGGUGACUUUCAUCCAUCUCGAAGAUGCUCGUAUACAGUUGGGCAAUCUCAUGCAGAAGAUGAUCCACAGAAGGUAUCUUACAACAUCAUUUGGGGUCUCCACUGGCCCCAGACAGCAGGUCCUUGUGGCAGAUCGUAUGAAGACCCUCUUGGCACAGGAAUUGGCCGAGCUGGACACCUGGAUUCUCGCCUUUAACCAUUACCUGAGUUUUGGUAUCUCGAGCCACGACACCGGUGACUAUUAUGUCCUAGCGAUCUGCAGCUUCCUCUUGAAAUUCCGUCUUAUGGCCGAGUCUCGGGAGACUGGGGAGCAUUACGAGAAUGACAGUCUAGAUCUCAAACACACUCUGGAUCUUGGACGUACCCUGCUGAGUGAUAGUAAUAUUUUUGGCAGUCCGCCUCGAUCAACUACAGCCAGCAACUGCCGGCCCGAGACUCAGUACUCCUUGAAUCAAUUGCUCGAGACCCGAGCUGCCGGCCCUACGGCGAUAAUGCAGUCACAUACACCCACGAACCCUCACUUCUUAUUUCUCGGCAUUCUGUCUGCUCUGUCCGUCGCCUCUGUACAUGCUCCCGACCUAGUCGUACGUCAACAGGCGCAGCAGAUGGUUCAGACUAUUUGCGAGAGCCGAAUGGACCGGAACUCGUGGCUAGCUUUCAAUCUUGCCAGUUGCCUCUCCUAUCCGGAAAUCCCGAAUUCUUACUAUGAUACAGAUACCCUCUAUGGGAAUAUCUCUGCACCUGAAGCUCCUUAUUCACGCGAAUCUAGCCGACUGAUAGCGCUGCUUGCUGAUCUCGGAAAUCUCUGAGAGGCACUGUCUACCGACAUUUUCAGGCCUUCCGCCAAUGAAAGAUACGAUCGACUGUUUCCAGGCUUAUCAGUCAUCUAUUACCGCCCCAGAA